GGGCCUCUUGGCAACAUGGUGUUUGUGCUAAGAAAGCAGAUCAAUUUCUUCCUCAUUGAAACAGUCAAAAAAGGUAGGAAUUGGGAAUUAUAUUCUACUUUAAACUGCUAUAAAGUAGGUGUCCUUCUCAGUUGGACUGCUUUCUCUCAUUUAAUGGAGGGCAAAGUUUGGUAGUGUUGCUGUAAUUUUUCUUGUCUCCCUUUCUGAUGGUGAUACUUUCUGUACGACUUCUUUGAAGUUGCUGCUCUUUUGACUGCCUUGCUGCUGCCCUGGCACAUGUGAAUAUCUACUCUUGGAAACCUGGCUGGAGAAAAAAGUGAGAAUAAUAGCUUUAAAAUAGCAUAGAGAAAAGUAAAGGGAAAAAAUGCAAACAUUAGUGAAAUAAUUAGAGAAGCUGUACACUGCUUCAGGUUUUGUCCAUCUCUGUUUGUGGAGUUAUCUGGGGAAAAAAAAGGACAAACCACUGUAACACUGAAAUAGUUUAUCUUUUGUCAGCAGUCAUGGGUAGAGUGCUGGGGUUGUAUUACGCAGAAAUAGCCUGCCAUGCCCCAGUCUGCUCUUUGAUUAAUUUAUGUUGACUAGGAGGAGCGCCAGAGAAUUAUGGUCAUUAAAGUGAAAGAUAAUUGGGCAUCUUGAGUUUUUGGUGCAGGAAAAGGAUUAGCAGGGACUAUCUUGUUUGUAUUUAUUAUAAUUUCCUCUCUUGCUUCUGUUUUUAGUAUUUCUCAUUGAGUGGGUCUAAGGCACACUUUAAUGGAAUUUUUAAAUUUUAGACAAGGUAUUUUUCAGAAUUUUGAAAACAAUUUUUUUUGUCACGUUGCAUGCUACUUGUUUAACUUACUGAGAGAACAAUUCAUGUUUAAUUCGUGGUCUAAUCUGAAGCCCUUGCCACUGCAGCCAUUUUCAUGCAUGUGACUGAGAUACAGCUACUGCUACAUCACAAACGUUCUCUCAUACCCUCCCUUCCUUCUGUUUGGCACGCACUGGAUGAAAACAGCCCAGUACUGUCUUUGUAUAGGAUGAAUAGCUGUUUGAGAAUUGAUGAAGUUCAGGAAAGACAACAGCACGGGAGAAUGAAGCUUUCAUUCAUUCCUUGGUCUGGAGGUAUGCUGCCCAUAUGGGUGCUGUUGUGACAGCAUAUCCCGAGACUGGUGUGGAGGACUGGUUUGUGGGAGGAACAGUCCUAGGCAGUAGUCUGUCUUUCUAUUUGCAUUAAUUCUUAAAAAGUAAUCAAACACAUAUGUGUGAAACUUGACACUUCAUCUCUGAGAGGCCAGUAAGGAAUUGUUACGGUGAUAAACUGCACAAGAUAAUUUACCAUUAUUCAAAGCAUUUCAUCACUUGAGUGAAGGAGAAACCCCACCUUUUCCACUUGGGAAGACUUAAUAUUCAGAUUAACCGAUCAGAUAAUUGAAAAUAAUUUGUAUUGUCUAAUUGAUGUGUGACCUGAAGCUCUUUACCUGUUUCCACUCCUGCUUGAAGUAUUUCUUUCUUGCUGCAGUUUUUAUUCUUGCAGUGUUUGAGACCUGAGUACAUCUACUACAUGUCAUCUCUCCAAGUCUCCUAUCUCAUGGUUUCAGAGUAUAGACAAGUAGGAAUUUAAGAUACCAGCACUGAAGUCUGGGUUUGCAUUUAUGAUACCUUAUUCAAUUAAUCUUGCAAUAACAAAGUGCGUUAAAAUGGCUGCAGAUGUAUUUCUGCCUACUCAAAGACAUCUUCUCACUGAUAGCACAUUAUAUAGGAUCUGUAGUGUAGUUAUGAGUUGGAUCCUUGCCAGUAGAUGGAAGCAUUUUUUAGCAUCUCUUCAUGCUUUGAGUUUUCUGCAAUUUUUUUUUUUACAUAGUGUCAAAAUUGCUGCUCUUUCAGUCUCUUCGUUUAUUGUAAGCUAUUCUAAUUCCUGUUCAGAUUAUUUCCACUUGGUUUUGUAAAUAUUUUUUACAUUCCUUUUUGUUGAAGAUAUUUCUAACCUUAUAUUUUUAGAUCUCUCUCUUUCUUUUCUUUAUUCAGGGCACGUCUCUGCUUGUCAAAUUUCUCUUCAAUUUCUGUUUUGCUUUUGCAGUAAUUGGCAGACACCCUCUUGGAGCUCCUGAGGGAAAUCAUAUAUGUAGUAUUAUAACCAAGUGGCACCUGAGUGAUAUCACUGUAGGGCAGGAGGCAAAAAGUUCAACCAUCAGCAGAGAUAAGAAACUGUGAAAUGCACCAAGUAAGCAAGCUGGAGCAGCAGAGACACAGGGCCCCCUUCCUUUGUGGUCUAGUAUUUCAGUAGAUAUGCAGUUUUUAGGUGGAAAUACAUGUUGAUUUUUUUAAGUGCGAUGGAACCAUUUUUUUAAGCAGUAAGAAAAACUUAAUAAUCAUUAGUUUUUGCAGUGUUGUAAAUAUUCUUGGCUUUCCUUUGUAGUUAUUCUUCUUGUUCUUGAUUCUGUUCUAAUGUAAUGUUGGAAAAAGAAUUUGACUUUUUCAACUUGCAUUUCAUUUCUCUUAUGAAACCUGAGUGGUAUAAUUUACUUUUUCCUUUCUGAAUUGCUUUGUUUAUAAAUAUAUCCAUAUCUGUAAGUAUGCUUUGAUCUCUGAAAGGAGAAAGUGGUGAUGAAUUGUUGAAUUGUAAACAAAAAGCUCUAGGACCUCCAGGUAACAGCUCUUCAAAGUUUUCUUCAGAGACUGGUUAUGAUUGUCUGAAUCUGUGUUCCUCUGUGUUAUGGGCAGAAAAUUAUUACAUGGUAAGAAUAGAACAAGGAAAAUGAAUCAGAAUAAAAGCAGCGAAUAGUAAAACUAUAUUAUUGCCUUGAACAUUGCCUUCCUGGUAGGCUUGCUGGCUUAGAGCACUGGUAACUGCACAGCAUGUUUUAGCUGUGUGUUGCUAGGUCUGAUCCAUUUCUGAUUGGUAGAGAUUGAAGUUUGUGGUUGAUAUAUGACUGACUGCUUAGUGUGAAAUGUGUUUGAUGUUCCUGAUGCAGUUGAUAGGCCUAGUCAUAAAUUGCAAACAGAAUUGUCAUUAAUUGAUCUAUCUUUGCAAAAGGAUCACGGAAACCAAAUCAUUUUGUUCUGUCUACAGACCAGGAAGGAGCAUGGUGAUGAUACCUUGCUCAGCUGCCAUGUUAUUUCACAUCUCAUCAUUCUGAAGACUUUCAGUAGAAUUGGAUUUUUGUACACCUUCAUUUUUGCGUGCAUUAAGAAGCUCAUCUGAAGAACCUUGUAAUAUAAUAAUUGUUAAUAUUUCCCAAAUAUCCACAACUCAGCUUAUAGGGGUUGAAAUAUACAUGGCAUGAAAAUUUUUAUUGAGCCUACAGGAACGGUUCUGUUGGCAGGCAAAGCUGUGUGAUUUUGUUCUGAAUUUGGAAAUGGCGCUACUAAGAGUGCUACUGUUCAGUUCAUUAGUUUCCUGGAAUUAUUACUGUAGCUUAUUUCUGAAAAGAAUAAUAAACAACCCUGGGCAAUUUGUAGUGCAACACCAAAUAUUGUUUUAAUGUGUGGAAAACUUUUUUUGUUGCUCUUGUUUAUUUGUUUUUCCUCUGAUUGUUUGUUGGAGUUCUAAGAUUUAUUUGUUUUUUUUCCCCUAACAUACAUGCAGCUGCUUCAUCAGAGUGCUAAUAAAUAUUUCAACUGCCAAACAGGUCAAAUACCAGUACCUUAACUUAUUUCAGUCGUUGUUCUUGUUCAGUUAUUAAAACUACUAGCCUUUCUUCUUUGCUCAUGGCUGUACUGGGUUCUUGAGCUAUGUUGUAUACCAGGAUGUGGACCAUGAAAAUGAUCACCUGACCUUGGAAAAUGCUGUAAUUAGGAGAACAAGGAUCAAGAAGAACACACUGAUUCAGCAGAACUGGCUGAUUGUGCUGCAGUCAUCAUGAGUAGGCACAGGGUCAUUCGUUUCUUAACAAAUGUAUAAGAAAAAAAGGUUCAGACAAGAAUCUGGUGGUCAUUCCCUGACAAAUGGAGAACUAUUUCCAAGCAGAGGCAUAUAACCUCGAUAAGGUUUUAGAUGAAUUUGAGCAAAACGAAGAUGCCGCUGCUUCACCUACACUGUUGGGUGCAAAGUGGAAUCAGAUUCUAGAUCCGCCUUCGCGUCGUCUGUCAUAUAACCCGACUGUGGCCGAUGUGAAUGAAGCUACAACUCCUAAUGAAUGUCAGCAGAGAUUAAAGUCUUUCUCCUCGUCUCAUUCAGUGACUACACCAACAGGAGGAGAGGAUCACUGUGCUAAUGGAAAGGAUUUUAACCUAAGCCCAGAGAUUCCAGUCAUGUGGAUUGAUGAUCAGGCAGCAGCAGAUGAUCAGUUAAUUAAAAGGAAUAGCAAUCGGGAUGAUCAGUGUAACACUGUGGAAUCUGGAGAAAAGAAAUGUGGAAGUAUAGCUUGCUUGCCAGAGGAGAAAAAUGUACUAGUGGUGGCAGUUAUGCAUAACUGUGACAGAAGAACACUGCAAAGUGGUGACUUGCUGGAUUGUAAAAAUUACAACAGUCAGUCCCUAAAGGACACUAUUAGCUUUACACUGGAUAAUGAAAACCAACAGAGUGAUGAGUUUAGUGUUACUGUAAAUGGAUCCAUGGAAAAAGAUACAGAUACGGAAAAGCAAGUAAAUUGGCUACGUACUGAAGAUGACUCUAGAAGUAAUUUGUUUAAUGCUUCAUCUGAAACCUUGACCGUUGCGUGCCCCUCCUCUUGCUUAAAGGAUGAUUUUAAUAUGAGUAAAGAUUCGUGGCUUUCAGAAGCUACAGCUGCAGGGAUUAAUACAGUGACUCUCUGUAAGAGACCUGUGGAUGGUAUCGUUAAAAUGCAGGAAAAUUGUUUAUCAGUUGAAAAUUUUAGUAGUAAAGCCAUUCCUCAGAGAACAGAUGUAGAAGUUAAAAACUUUUCUGGUUCAAGUAAUGGAAGCUUAGGAGAAGAAACAACCCAGCAAAUACGUUCUAGGCUAUCUGGGCUUGAAGAAACUUGUCAGUCUAAUGCGGCUGGAAGUAGCAACUACAAGGAAUGUGUUGCAGAACAUUUUACCUCUGAGGAUGGUAGUGCUGUUGAAAGUGAAGUCAUUGAAUGUGAUAAAAAUCUUAGCACAUCUGAAGUGCUCAGUAUGGAAGAGUGUUACCCUGAAUCUCAGGAGAUGACUAACUGGGAAUUGAGUAGAUUGAAUGAGAUUAAUAAUAAGCAAACUGUGGAAGAGAAUGAAAGACUUCUGCAGACAAAACAGCCUGAUGAGGCAUGUAGUAGUAGCAAAGAAGGUGGAGAGGGGAAGAUGGAGUCAGGCAUAGACUUAAAAGGGACUGGUACAGACGAGCUUGAAGGGUCCAGUCUCUCUGAUGCGAUGGGUACAUCAACAGCAAGCUCUCUGUCUAAUGGUUGUGAUUCCUAUGGAAUGCAGAACCCAGUUGUUCCUCAUGUUCCAAAGACUUUACCCUCCAAGGAAGACUCGGUAACUGAGGAAAAGGAGAUAGAGGAGAGCAAGUCAGAAUGUUAUGCGAACGUUUAUGAACAGAGAGGAAAUGAGACCAUAGAAGGGAGUGGUCUUAUUUUAAACAGUGCUGGUGACCAAGUAAAGAAGAACUAUAUACAUAAUCUCUGUAGUCAGGUGCCAUCCCUGCAGGGGCAAACUUCACCAAAACCAGUGACUAAUCUGCAGUCUGUCAGUGUUCCUUUUGGUGGUGCAAGACCAAAACAACCUACAAAUCUUAAAUUGCAGAUUCCAAAGCCAUUAUCGGACCACUUACAAAAUGAUCUUGUUCCCCCAAACUGUGGAGGUAAUAGUAAAAACAAAAAUGUCUUUGUCAAGACGCAAUUAGGGGAUAACUUGACAGCAGAUGUGUUUCCUGGUGAAGCAUCGUUAAAUGCCCCUGUUACUGAUACUAAUGGAGAACACUUAGAAGAGUAUGAAUCUGGAAUCUCUAGUAGUCCGUGCCUUGCAGUAGCCCCAGAUAGUCCAGAUAAUGAUCUCAGAGCUGGUCAGUUUGGAGCUCCAGCCAGAAAGCCUUUUACUACUUUGGGUGAGGUGGCUCCAGUUUGGGUUCCAGAUUCUCAAGCACCAAACUGCAUGAAAUGUGAGGCGAGAUUCACAUUCACGAAAAGAAGGCAUCAUUGCAGAGCCUGUGGGAAGGUUUUUUGUGCAGCAUGCUGUAGCCUGAAGUGCAAGUUGCUGUACAUGGAUCGAAAGGAAGCCAGAGUGUGUGUAAUCUGCCACUCGGUACUAAUGAAUGCUCAAGCCUGGGAGAACAUGAUGAGUGCCUCAAGCCAGAGUCCUAACCCUAACAAUCCUGCUGAAUACUGUUCUACUAUCCCUCCUUUGCAGCAGGCUCAGGCAUCGGGCGCCCUGAGCUCACCACCUCCCACUGUCAUGGUACCUGUGGGAGUUUUAAAGCAUCCUGGAGCAGAAGUGGCCCAACCAAGAGAACAAAGACGUGUUUGGUUUGCUGAUGGGAUAUUACCCAAUGGAGAAGUUGCUGAUGCAGCAAAACUGACAGUAGCUGGAACAACUUCUACAGGAACCUUAGCAGUAUCACACGAUCCAACAAAGCCCGUAACCAACAACGCUUUAUCAGCAGAAACUGAUAAUGCUUCUGUGUUCUCGGGAAGUAUAACUCAGGUUGGCAGUCCUGUUGGCAGUGCAAUGAAUCUAAUUCCUGAAGAUGGGCUUCCUCCGAUUCUCAUCUCCACUGGCGUAAAAGGAGAUUACGCUGUAGAAGAGAGACCCUCUCAGAUCUCUGUCAUGCAGCAGCUGGAGGAUGGUGGCCCUGACCCUCUUGUAUUUGUUUUAAAUGCUAAUUUGUUGUCCAUGGUAAAAAUUGUAAAUUAUGUGAACAGAAAGUGCUGGUGUUUCACUACAAAAGGAAUGCAUGCAGUGGGACAGUCUGAGAUAGUCAUUCUCUUGCAGUGUUUGCCUGAUGAGAAGUGUUUGCCCAAGGAUAUCUUUAACCAUUUUGUGCAACUCUAUCGGGAUGCCUUAGCAGGUAAUGUUGUUGGCAACCUGGGACACUCCUUUUUCAGCCAGAGCUUUCUGGGAAGCAAAGAACACGGAGGGUUCUUGUACGUUGCAGCUACGUAUCAGUCCCUGCAGGACCUGGUGCUCCCAACCCCACCCUACUUGUUUGGCAUCCUCAUUCAGAAAUGGGAGACGCCCUGGGCUAAAGUGUUCCCCAUUCGACUGAUGCUGAGACUCGGAGCUGAAUACAGACUUUAUCCAUGCCCACUUUUUAGUGUCAGAUUUCGUAAACCUUUGUUUGGAGAGACCGGACACACCAUUAUGAACCUCCUUGCUGAUUUCAGAAAUUAUCAGUACACGCUGCCGGUGGUCCAAGGCUUAGUGGUUGAUAUGGAAGUCAGAAAAACCAGCAUCAAAAUUCCCAGCAACAGAUACAAUGAGAUGAUGAAAGCCAUGAACAAAUCCAACGAGCAUGUUCUAGCAGGGGGAGCAUGCUUCAAUGAGAAGGCAGACUCACAUCUGGUGUGUGUUCAGAAUGAUGAUGGGAAUUACCAGACGCAGGCCAUCAGCAUCCAUAAUCAGCCGAGGAAGGUGACUGGUGCCAGCUUCUUUGUGUUCAGUGGAGCUUUAAAAUCCUCUUCAGGCUACCUUGCCAAAUCCAGUAUAGUAGAAGAUGGAGUAAUGGUCCAGAUAACUGCUGAGAACAUGGACUCUCUGAGGCAGGCCUUGAGAGAGAUGAAAGACUUCACCAUCACUUGUGGCAAAGUAGAUGCUGAAGAUCCUCAGGAACACGUUCACAUUCAGUGGGUAGAAGAUGAUAAAAACUUCAGUAAGGGUGUUGUGAGCCCUAUUGAUGGCAAAUCAAUGGAGUCUAUAACAAGUGUGAAGAUAUUUCAUGGCUCAGAGUACAAGGCAAAUGGAAAGGUCAUUCGGUGGACAGAGGUGUUUUUCCUGGAAAACGAUGAGCAACACAGUGGUCUGAGUGACCCAGCUGAUCACAGCAGACUGACUGAAAACGUGGCAAAAGCCUUCUGUUUAGCUCUCUGUCCUCAUCUUAAGUUGUUAAAAGAAGAUGGCAUGACUAAGCUUGGUCUGCGCGUUACUCUCGACUCAGAUCAAGUUGGUUAUCAAGCUGGGAGUAAUGGACAGCCACUGCCUUCUCAAUACAUGAAUGACCUGGACAGUGCCUUAGUUCCAGUGAUUCAUGGAGGGGCAUGUCAGUUGAGUGAGGGGCCAGUCAUAAUGGAGCUCAUCUUUUAUAUUCUGGAAAACAUCUCAUAAGAGGACUUCAUUUUCUGUUCAGACCUGUUCCAGCAGCAGUUGUAUCUGAAUCAUUUGCACUUUAAAACUGGAAAAAUUAAGCUUUUGGUAACACUAUUAAGGGGAGGUGGGGGGCGGGGGGUGGCGGGAGGGACAGUUGUUCCAUAAUUCUAAAUCUUCUAUGCAUUGUCAACAAACAGAGGAUCAGGGCAGCUUCUAUACUACAACAUGGCUAUGCUAUCCUUGCAGCUAAUAACUUCUGUUACUGUUUAGAGAAAUGCUCAUGUUUAAAGACUUAGAGUACACGACUGUAAAUGCUCAAAUGAGUGCAAAGAUCACUGGGGCGUAAAUAAAAAGUGAAACUCCUAUCUUGUACUGUUUGUAGAUGGACAAGUAAGAAACAACAAUCAAGACCUCCAUUCUGACCUCAUCAUAAUGCCGUUUGUGGUUAUUCUGUAGACAUUAAAAGUAACGUUUACAUUAUUUUGACCAGAUUAUUGGUUGAAAUGUGUUUGGAGUAGCCCUUGAGAGAUGUGGAACGAUUACCUAGCCAUAACUACAUUUGUAUGUGAGUCUGAAUGAGAAGGGCAAGCAUCUCUCAGAAAGCGGUAUUAUGUUUGCAGCAGUUUUGUGUGUGAAAUAGGCUAGUUUACUUUUAUCCCCCACUCUAUUUACUGUAAAAACAACAACAAACUUGUCACCUCAGCUGAUUUCUGUAAUCUUCUAGAACACCUCUGCUCUUCUCUACUUUGUUUACAAAUCUGUAUGAAUUUCAGAUACCUGUCCCAAGCAGAGGAAUAGUCCUGAAGUGCAGUUAUUACCCCUUUCCCCCAGUAGGUCCUGCUUUUUAAAGAAAGUAACACCCAGGGCAGCUUUAAGUCUCCUCCCUGCUGUACGCUGUAGUGUAAUGCUAGCGUCAUGUAAUACGAGACAGCUUGCACUUAUUAGCAGCACCAUGUAAAAGCUUACCUGUGAUAAAAGUUUAGAGCGUCUGUUUCUGCAUGUUCUGCUGAAAAAGGCUUUCUGGUCAGCUCUGAAAACUUGCACACGGCCCAGUGCUCUUGGUCUCACCCGGGAGGGUGCUAGGGAAGCAGCUGCUCACAGCUGGCACAGCAUUGUGAAGCUGGAAUUGACACAGCUAGAAGAAAAGUGAUUCCACAGUCUUCCCACAUCAAAUUGUUGCAGUGGAAAGCUGCUAACGAGCAGGAGCAGGGGGCUGUCUGUUGAGCCAGGCAAAGCAGCUCCAAAGCCCUCUGAGGAAGGGGGUGAGCAUUUCCCCCUGCUGUCUGUGCAGAAAAUUAGUGGGAAAAGGGAGACUACUUACAGUUAAGACAGUAUCUCAGACCUUGCAUUGUCCCUACUUGCAAUCAGUUCUGUUGGAUGCAGUGGGGAUCAUUUUGUUCCUGCUGUGUAUGAGCAAUACAGGCAUCCUUUCAACCAGAAAGAGAAGUCCAAGGCUACUGUGAGACCAAUGCUAUGUUUUUUUAAACAAAUAUACAGCAUUAGCUGGGCAAAGGAAAAGGUUACUGUACACAGCGAUGUAUUUUAUGUAAAGCCAGCACCGUAUAUGUACAGAGUGCAUUUGUGAAUAAAUGGCUACUGCUUUUUAAAUAAAAGUUUUACAGAUUUAUAGCAAAUUACAGCUGUUAGCACCCAAUGUUUUGAAGAAGAAAGGCCACGGUGAUGGGGUCCCAAUCCAGAGAUAAAAGCUGGCCAGCAAGAGGUAGCGCAUUAGCAACACUUACCCCAUUAAGUGUCCACCAAAUACAGCCUUACCUCUGGCAGUUGGGAAGAGGUGGCUUCAUGUUUCACGAUGGCCAAACUAACCUUAAGCAAUGAAAAGCCUCCCUAUGUAUUUGUGCAGUGGAGCAGGACUACGGUUACUUUCAGCCUCCCUUCUGCACUCCGUGUGCGCACACUGUGGGCACAGCGCAGCACUACGUGGUGUAGGCAAGAUUUGGUAUCUGGAAGAGAGUUCCGUAAACAAAGUAAAAAAACCCUUCCUUCUACAGCCUGCACUCCAGCUUUGCCAGCAGCAACUUCCCAGUUACCUUAGUUGCAUUGUUCUGCUUAAUAAUGCAGUAAAAGAGGUGAAAAAUCUUUUAUCUUCUCUUCCUUUGCCCCAAAAGUCAUUUAAGUUUGGGUUACGUUUGUGCAAAACACUAUCAACUGGUGACUGACAUGUUUGCUUCAACCAUAGCUUUUUAAAUGACCUUAAUUACCAUGUUGUUAAGAAAUGAGUACUUGUUUUAGAAAAGAAAUUGUACUUUUAAAAUUCAGUUAGUUAACACUGCAAAAAACUGCAUAUUAUAUUUUUAUUUUCAACAUGUAGUUUUGUAUAUUAAAUUUAUUGAAAUUAAAAACUAAA